UCAGUCCAACAACUCAGCUCUCGAACAUCACCCACGCACGCACGACAAAGAGGAUAAUUUUGGCCGCGAAAAUAAUAAAUAUAUAAUGCGCAAAAUAAAAAAAGAAUAAUGCUACAUUUCCGUUCACUCUACCGCCGCAUCAACAACUCUGACACUCUCCUCAUCACUCGCCACUUCAUGGCCACCUCAGACUCCAUUAACCCAUCAAACACGCGCCUCGGAUGGAUCGGCACCGGAGUAAUGGGCCAAUCCAUGUGCUCCCAUCUCAUCCGCGCCGGCUACACCCUCACCGUCUUCAACCGCACCCCUUCCAAAGCCCAACCACUUCUCAACAUCGGAGCUACCCUCGCUAACUCCCCUCACGCCGUCGCUUCCCAAUCCGACGUAGUUUUCACCAUCGUCGGUUACCCCUCCGAUGUUCGCUCUGUCCUCCUUGACCCUAACUCCGGCGCACUCGCCGGACUCAAAACCGGAGGAAUUCUCGUUGACAUGACCACAUCAGAUCCUUCACUCGCAGUCGAAAUUGCCGAUGCUGCAUCCUCCAAAAACUGCCACUCAAUCGAUGCUCCAGUCUCUGGUGGAGACCGCGGUGCGAAAAACGGAACCCUAGCAAUCUUCGCUGGAGGAGAUGAAUCUAUCGUUAAAUUACUUUCUCCAUUGUUUUCAUCAUUGGGGAAGGUGAAUUACAUGGGUAGUAGCGGUAAAGGACAAUUCGCGAAGCUAGCGAAUCAGAUAACGAUAGCUUCAACAAUGGUAGGGUUAGUGGAAGGGAUGGUUUAUGCACACAAAGCGGGUCUUGAUGUAGGGUUGUAUCUCAACGCGAUUUCGACCGGUGCAGCGGGUUCGAAAUCGCUUGAUUUAUAUGGGAAGAGAAUUUUAAAGAGGGAUUUUGAAGCAGGGUUUUAUGUGAACCAUUUUGUGAAAGAUUUAGGGAUUUGUUUGAAAGAGUGUGAGAAAAUGGGUAUUGCUUUACCUGGUUUGGCACUUGCUCAACAGCUUUAUGUGUCUCUUAAGGCUCACGGUGAAGGUAAUUUGGGUACACAGUCUCUUAUUUUAGUUCUUGAGCGACUCAACAAUGUUUCGCUUCCACCUUCUCGCGAUUGAAAUCAUACUGUUACUUGUUGUAUGAUAAGAAACUUGCUGGUUUUGUCUGUGAUAUGUUGCCAGUUGAUGUUGAAUAAUAAAAAUAUGGUUGUUAAAUGUGAUUUCUUGUGCAUGCUAAUGUUUAUCAUGCUAUGGUGGGUUCAUUCCUUUUGAAUAUUUCAAUGAAAGAGGUUUUAAUGUUGUAGCUUACAUUUUCUUCAGCUAGAGGAAACAUACCUUGAUGAUUUGGUAAUGGAUGAGAAUCAAGGAAAUGUAAGGUUAUAAACAAUGAUAAUUGUAGUUUAAUGCAUGUGCAAGUAUAUUGCUUUAAGUAUA